CAAGAAACAGAGAGAGAGAGAGAGCGAGAGAGAGAGAGAGGGGAGGAGAGGAGCGAGAGUGCAGCAGCUGAGUGUGCAAACAGAGGAAGAAACAUUAGGUUAUCUCCUGAUACUAUCAUCAGACACUGAGCUGUCACUUUUACCGCUCAGAGCCAAGUCUGCUCUCCUCCCAGAGGCCCCCCAGCAGCAGCAGCAGCAGCAGCAGCAGCAAGCCGGAGCAGCAGCGCCCAGGUCUGGUUCGCUUUGCUCCAGCAGCCGCACGCUAGAAAGCUCCCCGAACGCGUUGGUCUCAGCUGGCAUGAGCUAACCUCCGAGUCCGACAUGGAAACCAAACCGUUCCUGUCAUUGGGGUUUUUGAAGCCUCAGUGCUCAUUGGCUCCUCCCAUGCAGCGAGGUCGUCCGUCUGAGGCGUGUUCAUGUUUCAGCGGUGUCUGUCCCCUCCAUCAGCGUCGCCUAUCCACAGAUUCUUCAGGCCAGGUGACCUCCUCACCUUUAGGCUCUCCUACCUCCCAUCGUGGAAUGCACCCUUCGUUGCUGAGCCCCACCUCCAUGGGGCCCUCUGGCUCUCUCCAUUCUCCGAUCAGCACCCUGAGUUCGCCGAUGAACGGCCUCACCUCACCCUUCUCAGUCAUUAGCUCACACAUGGGGCCGCACUCCAUGAACUCACCUGGCAUGGGCUACGGCCCCAGCAUCAGCCCACAGAUGUUACAGCUGAACUCUCCGAUGAACUCGGUCAGCAGCACGGAGGACAUUAAGCCCCCGCUGGGCCUCAAUGGCGUGAUGAAGGUGCCUGCUCAGCCCUCAGGCACGGCCCUGUCUCUUACUAAACACAUCUGCGCCAUCUGCGGCGACCGCUCCUCAGGAAAACACUACGGUGUCUACAGUUGUGAAGGCUGCAAAGGUUUCUUCAAAAGAACUGUGCGCAAGGACUUGACCUACACCUGCCGUGACAACAAGGACUGCGUGAUCGAUAAACGACAGAGGAACCGCUGCCAGUACUGCCGCUACCAGAAGUGCUUGGCCAUGGGCAUGAAGAGAGAAGUUUUGUUACAUGCAGCCGUCCAGGAGGAGCGCCAGCGAGCCAAGGAGAAGAACGAGAACGAGGUGGAGUCCACCAGCUGCGCAAACGAGGACAUGCCCGUGGAGAAGAUCCUGGAGGCCGAGGAGGCGGUGGAGCCCAAAACCGAGACCUACAUCGAAACCAACCUUGGCAUGCCGUCCAACUCGCCCAACGACCCGGUGACAAAUAUCUGUCAAGCAGCAGACAAACAGCUCUUCACUCUGGUGGAGUGGGCCAAGAGGAUUCCACACUUCUCGGAGCUGCCGCUGGACGACCAGGUCAUCCUGCUACGAGCAGGUUGGAAUGAACUCCUCAUUGCAUCAUUUUCGCACCGUUCCAUCGCGGUAAAGGAUGGGAUUCUGUUGGCGACAGGGCUGCACGUGCAUCGCAACAGUGCCCAUAGUGCUGGAGUGGGAGCCAUCUUUGACAGAGUGCUCACGGAGCUGGUGUCAAAGAUGAGAGACAUGCAGAUGGAUAAGACCGAGCUGGGCUGCCUCCGAGCCAUCGUCCUUUUCAACCCAGACUCUAAAGGUUUGUCCAACCCAGUUGAGGUGGAAGCUCUGAGAGAGAAGGUCUACGCGUCUUUAGAGGCUUACUGCAAACAGAAGUACCCCGAGCAGCCGGGCAGGUUCGCCAAGUUGUUGCUACGGUUACCAGCACUGCGCUCCAUCGGGCUCAAGUGUUUGGAGCACCUCUUCUUCUUCAAGCUGAUCGGCGACACGCCCAUUGACACCUUCCUAAUGGAGAUGCUAGAAGCCCCUCAUCAAAUGACAUAAUAGGAGGGAGUCCUCCUGAUCCUCAACCUCAUAACCCCCCCCCCCCCCCCCCCCCCAAACCUCCAACGUACAUCACCCCAGCUGCCUUGGAUCGAGAGCAUCUCUACAAAAGGACAGAUAAAAAAAACAGACAUCUCCCUUCCGACUUUACUCCCUCCAUCCACCUUUUCUGUUCACCAACUCUCUGAAGUGUUUUGAAUCGAGGAAUCCGCCGCGCUUAUGGGUCUCUUUUAUACCUUGUAAUAUAUAUAAAUAAGAAAAAUAUCUAUAUAUAUUAAAGAAAAAAAACAUCGACAUGAGUAAGGGGGACGGGACUGAAAAGAGGAAGAGGGCGGGAACGUACUGAGCCAAGGUUUUCGCCGUCACUUGUCCUGCCCCUUGAUGAGGAAAACAGCAGAGACGAUCAGGUUUUUAACGCCCACAGCACUCACCAAAACCGCAAUGAUGUCACAAGCGUUGUGAUCAGGACAAUCGCAAGACCCUGUGGGACCUCGGGGACGUUUAAUCUUGGAUCUGAGCCCCGCUUUUGCCUUUCAGGACUGGACAGCUUUGGGGUGAGGGGGGACGACAACAACACAUCAACGCAAAAGAAACUUGUCUGUCCAAUCUGUCUGAAUACGUCUGGUCUUGCACUAGGUGUUUGUUUUUUGGAAGAAUGAGCUCAGAAGAAAGUGGCUCAACUCAAAGUGCAAGUCUCACAAACCUCAGGUCUCUGGCCAAUCCCAACAGACCAUGUCUUACUCUACCAGCACUGUGCAGCAUUAGAGAAGGACCUUGUGGCAGUCCGGAAAUCAACCCUCUAGUACUCAGAACGAGAUGGAAGACCCUGUUAAGUACAAUCUGUGUUACUCUGUGCCCAUAAACUGAUGUAAAUUAGCUUUACGCGACCUGAACAUUCCCCGAAUGCUCCAGGAGGCCCCCCAGCAGGUGCAGGGACAACUCAUGUCGACUUUUUUUUUUUUUUUUCCCAGACAUUUCUUUGCCUCGACACACGAUCCCACCAGAGUGGAAACGUCAUUGUUCUGUCAGACUCCGAGAUCCUCUCCCCGCCUAACAUGUCAUGCAAAUCUCUGCCGAGCAGACACACCUCCGCGCUCAGAAGUCCCUCUGCUCGUUGCAGCAAGCGUCACGUUCUGUUAUUUUUUUGUUUUGUUUUUUUUUCUUUCCACAAACACCUCAUAUCUACCUGAACUGAAAAGCUACAACAGUGUUGACCUUAUUUUUCAGCAAUGCACAAAUACCUCUGUCUCCAUACACUCACGUAGGCGUUGGAUUACACGGGAGAGAGCGCUUGUUUGUUGUGGCAGAGCCAUUAUUUGUUUGUUUCUUACUUGGCACUUAACCUCAUGACAGUGUAGCCGGGUUUCUAAACGGAGAGCGGAUGUUGAUAUGAUCGACCUCCGCGCCGGAGUUUGGCACCCUCCCAUUCGAGAGCGCCUCAGUCCUGUUCCUCCUAAAAAAAGAACUCACACAUUCACUCUGUGCACUUCUCUGGACAAGCAAGCGAUGUUUAAGUUGAACUGAAAUGUUAAAAAAAUCUCAACGUGUAAACGUGUUUUGUGUCUGUAAUUCUUUGCGUACUUUCGCUCUCUCUUGCUCGUCUCUAAAUGCUGCAGCUGCUGCAAAACUAUGCAUCGUGUUGAUUUCCAAAGACUGUCCCCGGAGCAGCUUAACCGGAGUAAAUGUCUGCAAGGUGGGCGUCCCCAUUAAUCAGAUACUGAUAGUAACUUUGCUCUGGUUUAAUCGCCUUCAGAUAAUUUAAACUGGUAGCCGAACCCAUUAACGGAAAAGAUUAGCCGCAACCAUUAGCGGCUCGAUGUAUUAGCUAAAGUUGUUAGAAAAUGGUGCAUUCCAUUUCUACUUGGAAGUCAGAUUUUCUACGUUCAAAGUUGCUCAAGAUUAGUUUAAAAACUACCAGGUCAGGUUUAAAAACCAGUGUGGCUGUUUGUUACAUAAUCGGUAUGGAUACCUCCAGUCAAAGUUUUACUACACAAAACAAGUAUAUCUAUUAUUAAAUCAGUCAUCAGUUGUACUGAAUAACAUCUGGCAGUGAAGAUGCUACAGGUUUGAAAUCUCAGUUAGCAGAUCCCAAAAGGUUUUUGGACUCUAUACUAGAAAAAAAUAGUGUUGGGACGGAUUCCAUAUUCUCACGGAGUCCAAGUUUGGACUUCUUAGAUGAAUGGAACACAGCCUAAAACCUCUCACUAAACCCAUUAGCUUAAAAAGGUGCAACGUGUUAGCCUGUGGUACAUUCCAUUUGUACUUGGAGGUUGGAGUUCCUAGUUGGAAAGAUAAACUAAAACUCCCCCGAUGUCAGUUUUCAGCAUUAGAAACACAAGAGCCUUCGCCUCAAAAUGCAAUAUGGCUGCCGCUCAUAUAUUAUGUAACAACUCUUGCCCUGCGUCGGAUCCAUGUUGCCAAUUAACAUGGGGUUGUUAUGAAACCCAGGAGCCAGCCCUAUUUGGGCCCCGUUUUCCAUCCCUUUACAUAGCCACGCGGGCCCCGUAUGUAGAUGCUGGCUGGCACAGCUCACCAGUAUUCCCUGUUCCCUCCUCGCUGCCCAGAACGUCUAAUGGCAAAACUGAAACGUAAGAGUAGGAAAGGAAAAACACUGGACUCCACCAGCUGGAAGUUGUCGGAUAUUGACGGCUUUCGUUUUUUUUCCAUUUCCUCACACCUUUUACUAAAGUUUUAAUCAUAAAAAAAAAUUUCAGGCACAAAGAAAUUCCCAUAAUUUCCAGUAGCACCACUUAGACUCCACGGAUAAUUAAUUAAUAGCUGACCAAUGGCAGAAUAGGUCUAAAUCUGUUUUUUUUUUUUUUUUUUUUGUUUGUUUUUUGUUUGUUUGUUUUCUUUCAGUAUUACAGGUUUGUUAAUGUUGUGAAAUCGUUCCCAGCUAUCCCUUCUGUCGAAAGGCCAGUUCGGAUAUGUCCGACGGGACGGAAAAGAAAAAUGGCCCAACUCCGCCUGAGGCGAAGAAAAACGUGUGGCGGUGAUUUGUGUGCUGUGAGCUCCCUCUGGCGGCAGAGAGGCAGCACUGCAAACAUUACUUGAAAUCCUUUUUCUAGAAGUAUUUAAAGAGACAAACAGCAGG